GCGAUUGGCCUACGUGAUGGUGAGUUUUAGUUAGAUCUGUGCAAGUGUUUAUCAAAUUUAUUUGAAUCCAAAAUUUAAAAAAUUGCGUCAAAAUCAAAUGGGGUUCCGAAUACUUUGCCUACUGGCCGUCUUAGGCCUAGGGCGAUGCCUUGAUCAUGUGCCAUCUCGAGAAGAAAUCGAAGCUUCCAUCAACCGGACAAUUGAAGAAGUAGAAAAAAAAGUGCAGGCAGAUCCAAGUUUGCCGAGACUAUCCAGAAAAGACAUAGUCGAUAUUCUCCAUAACAUAACUACAAAAGACCUUAUUUCUUAUGGCAAUAAAACCCUAGAAAAUACCAGAAAUGAUUACCAGAGAGCACUUAUGGUUGUCUUACCCUACAACACAAAUGGUUCAAAUGAAAGUCUCGAGGAACUUUAUACGAAACCCCCAAUGGUUAAGAUGGUAUCAGACGAUUUGGAUACCAAUGACAAUGAGAAUCAAAAGUUUGAACUUCCCUCUGAAAAUUUAAUCACGAUAUUCCCUACAUCAAAUUCAGUAAAUGCAGUAUCUACUACCAAAGAUCACCACAAGCAUUUCGAGGGUGAUCAGAGAUUGGAUAAAAGACCAGAGAGAUUUAGCUUUGAUUUGGAAAAAUUGGCUAAGGUCCCUGUAACUACCGAAAAACCUCUUCACACCUGGAAACCUAUUCCUAAGAAAACUACGAAUACUCCUGAUAGUGCUCAAAGCAGCUCUUCAGGUUAUGUUGAUUAUAACACCAAAGUAAGUACAACAGAUAAACCAAUUUCAAAACCCACUCAGCAUAUUUUGUCCUCUGACCAGUGGAGUUAUCAUGCCCCUCCUACAACCCCAAAAGCAAGGUAUCCUCUUCCCCAGAAGGGAUUUUUCCUUCCUACCAUGCAGAGUACACUUGACGAGAGAAAUAAGGAAGAAAAUAAAAAACAGGAAUUAUUUACAUUGUUUGAGGAUUCGGACGUAAUGACAGAACAUUCUUCUCCAAUUUACGUAACUCCGAUGAGCGAAUCAAAGCCAAAGUCAGUUUAUACCUUGGCAGCUGGAGGAUUUCUUUCAUCAACAACCCCACCACCAAUGAGGAAAGAAGUGGAGGAUCUUCUCCAAUCAAUUGGACUACGGCCAAUGCAGAAUGACGACAAAAAAUUAGAUUUGAUAUUUGAUCAGAAAUUAUUAGACUCUAAGUUUCAGAUUCCAGACACAAGUAAUGUGAUUCAAGGUCAAGUUACUGGAUUGACAGCUGCAGAUAUAAAAGCAGCUUCAAUAAUCGAUCAAAAUACUUUUGACAACUCUGACACGAAGUUUAAGAAAGGAGUGGACAAUCUUACACCAUCUGUUCAACUUCUCUUCCAGAAAUUCGGUCUUCAAACUUCUUUAAAUGCAGAAGCUUCAACCUCAACAACAACAACGACGACAGUGAAACCUACACUGCCAGGUUAUAAUUCCUAUUCAAAUUUUAAGCCACUCCCAAAUUCUGCAGUGCAGGAUAAGGAGAUGAGAGACUUUUUGGCAAGGUUUGGAUUGGGUGUUGGUGAAUCUAGAAGCCAGAAAGCUAUUUCGCCUCGGAAAAAUACGAGAGAGGAACCUCCUUCAUUAAUCGAGGCUGUUCCUGGAAAUAUGAAAAGAAUUUUAGAAAAUAUUGGGCUCAUCACUAAGAGCAGAGCAAGAAGUGAAGUUGGUUCGAGGAAAGAAAUUAAUGUUCAAACCACAGCUGCGCCUCAAUUACAUGUAUUUAAGCCACAUGAAACUUCUGUUUUUAAUGAUAAGCAAAGAUCAAAGAUUAAUGAGUUGUUGGAGACUGUGAAGAAAGUUCAAAGAGGAAAGGCUAAUGUUGAGGAGGUUCAAAGAGUUGCGGAUGAAGUUUUGGAGACUACGAAAUCUCUUCCAGAAGGACCAGAUCCUGCUAGUUUGGAAGAGAUUUUGAAGCUUUAUAAGGAGGAUUUGAGGAAUGAAGUAAAGAGACAACAGGCAGCCGAAGAAUAUGAGAAAAAGUUGAAGGAGGAAAAGGAAGAAGCAGAAAAGAAAGAAGCUGAAAAGGAAGAAGCAGAACGAGAGAAGAAAGAAGGUGAAGAGAAGAAAGCAAACGAAGAAAAAGAUUCAAUGGGGUCUGCCCAGGAGCUUCUCCCUGCUUCCGUAACAACCACAACUGCAGCCACCACAUCCAAAGGUUCUUUCUUCGACAAUUUUGACAUUGAUGCUGUCCUAAAAAAUGCCCAGGAAAAUUCUGAUGGUACUUCAACUUCAUCUUCAGCAAGUGCUACUUUGCCAAAUCUGACUGCCCUCGAGGAAUCUUUCGGUGGGACCACAAAAAAGCCUGAUCCAGUGGUACCAACUAGAAGAAGAACUGGUCUCUAUUUCCUGGUAGAUUGGAAUACCUUUUUGGAAGUAGGAGAAGAAGGCAAGGACAAGGUCAACUUAAAGUUCCAACCGAAAGUUGGCGAUCGGACCCGAUUCGUGAAAGUCACUGUGCCUUAGAUUUUAAUGUUAUCUUUUCAAUUCAAUAUAUUUUAAUAUAUUAGAAAGACAGAAGAGUCUUCGAAAUACACCGGGUAUGGUGGUAGGCUGUUUGGAAAAAAUUAAUCCUGUAAGUUCCAGCCCAUUCUAUUUCUAAUUUUACAUCCGGGAGACAACAAAUUGAAUUUUUUUUAAACCAUUAUUUUUCUUAUUAUUUCAGAUUAUUUAUUCAGAAUUUUUCAACUCCUCAGAAUUUGACUGAUUACCUUAUCAGAUUACCUUUGACAGUUCGCAGAAUUUACUUAGAAUAUUUAGCAAAGAAAAUUGCUAUAUUUUUUUAGAAGUGAUUAUAAAUAAAUAUGCAGAAAAGAGUAAAAAAGUGAUAUAAGAUUUUAUCGAGUGCUCAUUACAAAAAAUGGACCUCUGUGAUACGGAAAAAUGUUCAUACUCAAAUUAGAUUAACUAUCUGAAAAAUAAAAAGAACUUUCCACAUCCAGCUUUUUGCCAAAAAUGAGCACUCAAUACAAUCCUUUAAUCGUUUUUUAAACACGUUUCACAAAAUUCUUCAUAUUUAUCUAUAAUUUUUUCAGAAGAAAUAAGACAAUUUUCGUACAAACUAUUAUUUUUAGAUUCUGCAAAAUAUAAAAGUUAAUCCAAAGAAGUCGGGAAAUAAUGGUUUCUUUAUAAAUUCUAAAAUGUUAAGAUUCUAUCAGCACUUUUGCCUUUUUUAAUUAACUUAAGCUCUUUCUAUUUUAUUAGAAUUUUCAGGUGAGCAGGAGUUCAGGUGUGGAUAAUUAAUUUAUUGUAGAUUCAAUUUUCCUUGAGGUUUUAAUCAAAUACGAUAAUUUCUAAAUAGUUUAUAAAAGAGAAAAAUAAUAUUUUUGUGUACAGGAUAUAACUGUUAAUUAUGUGACAUAUAUUUGACUGUAGCUGAGUAGUACCUGCUACUUAAUUUCUCAUAGGGGUGAUUAAUGUAUUUAUAAAAUAUAUAUAAUUACUUUUAGGUAUGACUGGUUUUUAACUGGUAAGGAAAUAAACCUUGCUUUGUAUAAUUCAAUUUUGAGAUAGUUAUCCUAUUUAUUGUGCUUUUUUACCAUUAAAUAUUAUUAUUGGAUUGUAAGUUGAAAAUUUCAAUUCAUCUUCGUACAGACUUUCUUAAAUUUGAUUUAAAAAUUGAUAAAUAAUUUGAGUGUUGCAAUAAUUGGAAUUUGCCAGUAUAAUGAACUGCAUAAAAUAUCCUCAUGUUACGUAUACCUAUCAAAAGUGGAUAUUAAAGAUUGUAGAAAGUAUGUAAUCAUUUUGUGAUUAUCAAUCAUUUAAAUGCGAUAUUUAUAAUUUUGUACAAAAUAUUGCGACAAUAAAGAAACAUAUUUU